AGGAGAAGAAAGACGAGGAACGGGCGGGGUUCCCCGCUGAAAUGGCCGCCUCUACGUCUGGCGGCAGCACCCAGUCGGGCGCCAGCGCGUCGAGCAUGUCCGCCGUGUCGUUGUCUGACCGGUGCCGACGCAACAUCGAGAGCGAGUCCGAGUACGAGUCGUCCGAGUCCACAGCCGACGACUGGGUGCGCGCCAACGACGGCAACGUGCCGCGGAACGCGCUCGUGGCAGGCCAGAACCUGAACGGGGAGAACUUCUACGUGGGCCGCGUCAUGCUUCGGGGAAACGUGCUGCCGGGAAAAGUCCUCCCCUCGGCCAAGGUGUGCUUCGUCUCGCUCGACCAGAUCGAGUUCUCGUCCAACGUGUACGAGGUGCUCGUCAAGGCGCCGUCGCUCAACUACCAGUGGAUUCGCAUGGGCGGCUGCGUGAUGCCACGGAACGCAAUACCGGCGGGGCGCAGCGCGACGGGCGAGCUCAUCUACAUCGGCCGGCACGUGCACAAGGGCGAGCUGACGCCGGGCAAGGUGAUACCGUCGCAGCGUUGCAUAUACAUACCGUACCUGGGCAAGGAGAUACGCUACCGCGACUUCGAGAUCCUCAUCCAGGGCGAGUACCCUUACUUCGAGCGGGCCAAGGGCAAGAACAAGGACAAGGAAGCGCAACAGCAACUGCUCGACGGGCCGAACCCGAGCGGCAGCAGAGACCCGCCACUGGCCACCACGCCAUCCUAAGCGUCAGCACAGGGACUGAAACCCACCACGCUUCAUCUCAUUGCCGCCGCGAGUUGUUUUUUCGAGCGCCUAGAGCAUGUACGUGCGGACAUUAAAGCACUCAUUGAGUUAGGUUAAUGUUCUCAGCUAA